ACACAAACAAAGCCGAAGAAUAAUAUACUGUUUUCACCAUGGGAUAUGAUCAAUAAAAGACACUCCCAGACUCCUUAAUUCAAGUAAUAAAUAUGUGAGAGAAAAGAAACAACGAGAUAAACCGCACAAAGAUGUUUUCCUCACUGCCCCUCAUAGAACCUCGCGACUCACAUACCCUCUGGUACACGCCCUCGUACCCCAACCGACCACGCAACCACAACAAUCUCCACCACCAUGGUUCACACGCCCGCCGCCAACAGCAGCAGCAUGGUGCCCAGCGGUCUAACAAUACUACAAUAGCCGCCGCCGCAGCGGCGGCCUCCUCAUCAUCAGCCGACUCCCUAGCCACCCUUCUCCUCGAGGAACACGCGCUGCAGCUCCGCAAGCAGAACAUCGCUGCAUUUGGGUACGCAUGGAUUAAGCCGGCAGGGUGCUCGAAGACCAUGUUGGGGGUGAGGGAGGAGGAGGCGGAGAGGGAGGAAGGGGCUGCGGCGGCCGCUGCAGAAGCGGCCGGGAUGGAGUUUGCAGGUGAUGGAGUCGGGUUGGUCGGUGGAGUGGUCGAGGGGGAGGGAGAAGGGGAAGGGGAAGGUGGGGAGACGUUUGAGAGGGAUUUGGAUGAUGAUAUUCCUGAUGCGGAUGCGAAUGUGGAAGGUUUAGUUGAGGAGGGGGAGGAGGGGUUGGAGGGGGAAGAGGAUGAGUUGAUGGAGAGGGAUUUGGAUGAUGAUGUGCCGGAUGGGUUUGGGAUUGAUGAUGAGAAUGACGAUGAGGAUGAGGAGGAUGAGGAUGAGGAUUAUUUUGAUAACCAGCCUGAUCUUGACGAUGAUAUACCAUCCGCACCCAUCUCCGUCUCGGGAUCCGACGUCAGAUCGGGAUUGGGAUUUGGGGAGGAGGAGCAAAGCAUGAUGGAGCGCGAUCUCGACGCGGAUAUCCCCAGUCUAGCGGAGGAUGACACCGGACAACAGCAGCAGUGGGAGCACACCGACACCGACCAGGAUGAUGACGAUGAAGAGGACGACGACGGAGAUGACGUAUAUAUGGACGCAGACAUGGACAUAGACACCCACGCAUCUCCUGCACAGCAGUUCCACUCAAGCAGCUCCGCCUUCCCAACCUCUUCCAUACCACACCUCCAUCCGCACUCUUCUUCCAUACGCCGCGAGACAGAAGCGGAAUCACAGUUUUUGCGAAGAUUGGGUGGAGGCGGGGGCGGUGACAGUAGUCCCGUGGGCUUUGGAUCGCCGGAAAACUUACGCAACCAGCGGAGGAGGCCGAGGAGACGUUCUGCGUUGACUGUAUCGUCGGAUAGUCUUGACUUAUAGUGGUUUUAAACUACCUUUUUGCUCAGUCCCUGGGUGUUGAUGGUAUUUCUUCACGCCUCUUAUGUAUGAAGGAUGUUGUUCAUUCUGAAAGAGUAGCGGUUGGGGGAUGGAAUUCUUUCCUCUUUCUUUCUCUCUCUCUCUUUUUUCUUUCUUUUUUUUCCUGUUAAUUUUUUAACUCUGCACAGCAAGGAGUUGAUGGUGCAACAGGUUCUGAUAUAGAUAUCCAUGUUUUAUACGCUCUAAGAACAUUCAAGAGGCCAGGGACUGGGCGGAUUGAUAACGAUUAUCCGGUUAAAUUAGACCAAGAUGAUGAUACAUAUGACGCUGACUUGCCUUCUUGAAUCGACAUAUUUCGGUCUCUGCACGUAACAAUGGGCAUGGGUUUAAAUUCGAGCUGUGGCCGGGGCGUUGAAACCUAUUCACCGUGUAUAUUUUCUCGUAUCGACUCUCAUUGACGUAGGCACACCUUGUGUGAACUUACAUUUAGAAAACAAAUAAAACUAAGUUACACCGACAGCAGAUUUAACGCACCGCGAACUAUCUCCUCGUUCCCGACGCUGGAUGAAAAAGAUAAAUAAUUAGAAAAAUGAAAUCCCAUGCCGCUCCACGUUCAAAGCAAAACAUCCCGCCAGACAAAAAACAACAGUACACAGUUCCCUUCCCCACAGUUCAUAUCACGCCAAUUCUAUGACUGAUGUUUCUUUCAAAUAAAAAUGGUGCUAUGUAUACAUCAAAAUAGGGCCAUUUGCGUCAAGUGAUUUCGCUAGACUGCGCCUGAAGGACGAGAAAGAAGAAAGUUUACCCAAGCAGCAGGGGAAGAGAUUCGUGCAGCAAGUAACAAUGAAAAGAUCAAAGCUGAAAGACAAUAAUUAAUAAUAAUUAAUUCUAACCCAAGAUGGGGAAAAUAAACCGAAGCAAGGUGAAAAGGGGAUAUAAAGAAAAGAAUCAGAACACAAAAAGGCAAUUCGGUCGAACUUGGGAAAAAAAGAUCCGUUAAUAGCACCAGUAGCACCUCGAUGUACAUGUACAUUUAUGGAAAUAAAAC